AUGUUCGACGAUCCGUUCGAUUACGGUGAGGAUCCAGACCUCGAGUAUGGCGAUCUGCUGUCGUCAGGCAAGCAAGACGCGGUCGACCCUCGUCCCCCCACCGAUACCACCUCCAACGAAGGCUGGCUCAAGUUCCCGUCUGGCCACAACCCGGAGAUUGCGUCGCUCGGGUUGUACAUUCGCGACGAUGUGCGAAGCUGUGCGAUUCUUGUCGCCGGCGGCGUGUAUGAGAAUCUUCUGUUUUUCCCGGUGAUUUCGCUGCUGAAGGAGAAGUACCCUGGCGUGAAGAUCGACGUGGCGGCUCCGCCACGUGGCAAGCAGACUUACGAGAUCAACAAGAACGUACGGCGCGCGUGGGUGUACGACCCUGAAGAUCCGUUCGUGACUCCCGCCGAAUACACCGAGUUCCUCGGCAAGCUCAAGAACGAGGCGUACGACCUGGUGCUGUCGACAAGACUGGCGGGGCUGGGCCACGCGAUGUUCCUGUUCCUGUCCGACGCGCGCCAGCGCGUGUCGUACGUCAACCCCAACGCCAGCGGCGCGGGCGCGGGCGUGUUCCUCUCGACCGCUGUGCGCACGGAGAAGGAGAACCUCGCGGAGGACGGCUGCCACAUGUACAAGGACUUGGUGGACCUCCUCUUAGAGCCCGUGCGUGGUGGGCCGGCGCUGCACCUGCCGCCGCUGCAGGUGAAUCUGCCGCGCAAGGUGCGCGAGGUGACGCGCGAGAAGACGACCGCGGCGGGCGUGGCGGCGGGCGCGUACACGCUGGUGCACGGCGUGGAGUCCUCGUCCGCCGCCUCCAUGCGCUCGCGUGGAGACACCGACAGCGCGCUUUCCCUGGUUCUGCUCGCCGAAAUCGCCAAGAGCGUGAGUGGCGACCUGCUGGUGGUGGUGCCCAACGACGCAGAUCAAGGCAAGGUGCAGAGCGCCGUGCCCUCGGCCAAGGUCGUCAAGAUCACCACCCCGGGCCAGCUUGCUGCUGCCAUUGACGAUGCCGCUGCUGUCGUCACAACCAACACUGCUGCCGUGCAACUCGCCACCGCUCUUAGAAAGCCAAGCGUGGCUCUUUUCGGGUCGUCGGACAAGGCUACUCGGUUCAUCCCCAAUGCUGCUGACCGCAAGUGCACAGUCGUCGCAUCUGCAACCGGCAGUCUUGCCGGUAUCAGUGCCAAGGACGUUUCUGCUGCUGUUGCGUCCCUCCCAGUCUCUGCUGCUGCCCAGGUGGCUGCCUGA